AUGCAAUCGAAAACCGUAAGCCUAGCUCCAGGAUUCACCCUUUUCCCAACCCUAAAACCCCCACAUAAAACCUUAAUCUUCCACCAAAUCCUUAUCUUUAUCCUCACUUUCUUAGCCUACGCCUCUUUCCACGCUUCCCGGAAACCCCCCAGCAUUGUAAAAAGCAUCCUAGGACCCACAAUUCAAUCAAAUUCAAGCUCAACAGACGCCGGAUGGGCCCCGUUUAACGGGCCGGAAGGAACCCACAGGCUCGGUGAGCUUGAUCUUGCAUUUUUAUCGUCAUACGCAAUAGGGAUGUAUUUUGCUGGACAUGUAGGUGAUAGGAUUGAUUUAAGGCUUUUUCUUGUGUUUGGAAUGAUGGGUAGUGGCCUUUUUACGAUAAUUUUCGGGUUUGGUUACUGGUUUGAUGUUCAUUUGUUGGCUUAUUUUAUGGGAGUUCAAGUUGUUUGUGGGGUUUUUCAGUCUAUAGGUUGGCCUUGUGUGGUUGCCGUUGUGGGGAACUGGUUUGGGAAAGAUAAAAGAGGGUUGAUUAUGGGGGUUUGGAGUUCACAUACUUCUGUUGGCAAUAUUAUUGGGUCUGUUGUUGCUUCUGGGGUUUUGGAGUUUGGUUGGGGUUGGUCGUUUUUGGUGCCUGGGGUUUUGGUUAUUGUGGUUGGGGUUUUGGUUUUUUGUUUUUUAGUUGUGAGUCCUGACGCAUUGGGGUUUGAGAUGAUGGAAUCUGGAAAGGAGGUUGAGAUGAAUGUGGAGGGAGAAAGUGUGGGAAAUUUAGAGAAAAUAGAGUCAGAGGAAGCAGGGCUGCUUGAGAACGAGGAAUCUGAUUCUUUGGCUGCCAUUGGAUUCUUGGAGGCAUGGAGGUUGCCAGGUGUGGCACCGUUUGCUUUCUGCCUGUUCUUCUCGAAGUUAGUGGCUUAUACAUUUCUGUAUUGGUUGCCCUUCUACGUGAGGCACACAGCUGUUGCAGGAGUGCAUUUGUCACAUAAAACUGCUGGGAUCCUCUCUACAUUAUUUGAUAUUGGAGGAGUCUUUGGUGGGGUGAUGGCAGGUUUCAUUUCAGAUAUCAUUGAAGCUCGUGCAGUUACUUCAGUAACUUUCUUAUUAUUAUCAAUUCCAGCACUCAUUUUGUACCGGGUUUAUGGAAGUGUUUCUAUGGUUUCCAAUAUCACAUUGAUGUUUAUCUCUGGGUUGCUAGUGAAUGGCCCAUAUUCACUUAUUACAACAGCCGUUGCAGCUGAUCUUGGUACCCAGGACUUGAUUAAGGGAAACUCUCGUGCUUUAGCUACAGUGACUGCAAUCAUUGAUGGUACUGGCUCUGUUGGGGCAGCUCUUGGCCCCCUUUUGGCUGGGUAUAUAUCCACUAGGGGUUGGAAUAGUGUAUUUCUAAUGCUUAUUGUGGCUAUAUUCUUUGCUAGUUUAUUCUUGAUUCGUGUUGCAAAAUCUGAGAUUGAAAGGGUCAAUGAGGGGAAAGGGCUUUGGAGUGGUGUGACCGCAAGGUGAUGUGGUUUCUCUAGGCAUCGACUGUUUUUGUCUAUUGCAUCCAUAGAAGAGGAUCUCAUUAGGAUACAGCAUGUGAUGUAACAGUUUUCUGUUCAGUAUACCGAAGUCUUGUAUUGUAUCUCAUUCUUUUAUACAGAGAAAAUCUUCAAUUCACUUGUACAUGUAAAAUUUUGUAUCAGAAUAAACUUCAUUCCUCUUUUUACCU